AUGAAGUUCACAACCUUUGCUCUUUUCGCCUACCACGCUGCAUGCGUCUUCUCCAUGCCCACAAGUGCCGAGAACGAAUGCGGAGCCCUCGGCGUCAUGGACUGGAGCACCGUAGAGCUCCCCGACUACGUCGACCGUACUCAGCUCCGAAGGUGCAAGGAGCACCCGGAAAGAAUCGUCAGCCCCAACAAGCGAGAGACCAACAUCCUCGAAGAAAGAGCGUGCUCACCACCCGGGGAGCACGGAAAGAGAUGGGGUUGCUCCAAGAAGGGAUACUGCUGGAUCAACUGCGGCAGUCUUCUCAGGGGAGAGUGGUGCUGGGAGGCCAUGAACCACGGAACCGGAGAGUGGUCAAAGUGCAAGGAGGAUGAUGACUGUUAUCGAAACAUGGAGAAGGGCGCACGAUGUUCUGUGGGCGACUGCAAGGCUUGCGGAUGCGGCUGUUAA